GAGCGACAAAAAGCUUACCAACGACUUUCCACUAUUAUUUUGCUAGCUUGUUGUAGCCUAACAUGGCAUCGAUUGUCAUAAAAGCUGCUCACCUUCGCAGCUUUGCAAGAACAUGCAGGCUCAUAAGCGCAUAUCGAACCAGGAUAACACUAUGGUCAGACAGAAGUUAUGCCACUGAAGGACAAGAAAAGAUACCCAAAAUAUACACCAAAACUGGCGACAAAGGUUUCUCAAGCACAUUUACAGGAGAAAGAAGGCCGAAAGAAGAUCAUAUUUUUGAAGCCUUAGGAAACACAGAUGAGCUGUCCUCAGCACUAGGGUUGGCUAGAGAAUUUUGCUUGGAAAAAGGUCACACAUUCACCUAUCAGCUGGACAAGAUACAGUGCAUUUUACAAGAUGUUGGCUCCAAUAUUGCAACCCCACGAUCAUCUGCAAGAGAAAGUCACAUAAGAGAGAACAAAAUUACUGCUCAGCCAAUUGCAGAUCUGGAAACCUGGAUUGAUGAAUUUACAGAAGAGCUGCCUCCCCUGACCAACUUCAUUUUACCUGUAAGUCAGAAAGAGCGGCGCAGCUUGCACCUGGCCCGGACAGUGUGGAGAGCAGAACGCAGUGUUGCUCCAAUUGUGCGCUCAGGUGAGGCAGAUCCAGAUGUUGCAAAGUUUUUAUUCAGAUUAAGCGACUACCUUUUCACCGUGGCCAGAUAUGCAGCCAUGAAAGAAAGCAGCGAGGAGAAAAUAUACAUAAGACCACAAUGACAACAUAUUGUGAUGAAGAAUAAAACAAAAGACCUGUGUUUUGGGAAUGAUUUGCUGGACCAUGUCUUAUUUUCACUGUAGAAAAUGAAAUAAAUCAACAGUUCAAAGAUG